CUGCAGAUUCCGGAAUGGUGUUUUCUUCCGAACUUUUGAGUCUUUCACUUUUAGGGCGUCGUCCCAGUUUUAUCGGAUUUUAUCGUCUUUUUAGAUAUUGUGUUGAUUUUAUUUACGAACCGUGUAUUUUCCUCGAAGUUUGAAUUAAAUCAUCGAAUUCGUCGCGCUUUUUCUCGUGUUUUUAACGAAACGAAGAAAGAUAGAGGUUAUGAAGCUAGUCCUUGAGUAAAAAUUUUGUUUUGUUUAUCCUCAAUAGAAUGUGUUUCUUAUCUUUUCAUAUAUAUUACUGUUCUCUAUGAAUCCACAAAACUAUGUCAGACAUCUUUUUUCUAAACUUUCCCCUUGGAUGUCGACAGUUUCCCUCAUCUCUGUCUUGCUAACCUCUUUUGAGCUUGGCGCAUCAUAGCAUGAUUACGAUUGUCAACAAGUUAGUUUUUAAGUUAGUCGAUCAUGAGCUGGUUAAAAAGUAGCUCUUUUAGAUCAUCAAUCACCAGGCACCGAGGCAGUCCACCCGCAAAAGAAUUUGAUCCGUCAGCAUGUUACGACAGCUUCAAGAAACAUUGGCAGCAAGCAUUCGAAAUAAUCGAACGCACUCAACAGGAGAAAUGUGUUACCAAACAAGAUGAUGUGUUGAUUGUCGUGAAUCAUAUUGACCAAAUGAUAUCGCUGCUGUUGUUAGAGUUUCGGUCGGAAUUCAAAGACAGCCCCUGCCUGGAGUAUCUUUUAAGUGAAGAUCUGUUGGAAUGUAUUUACGACUGGAGCCUUAUUACUGGCAGAUUCAAUAAUUCCCUGAAGCUGGAGCAGUUCAAACUUUACGAGUCGUUAAUGAGUCACUCGCGGAAUGAGCUGCUGAUUCAUGAAUCGUUUCUGAGGCCGCUGCUAAGGCUACUGUCAUCCUGUGUUGAUCAGUGUUUUUCUGUUGAGGCUGAAAAACGGCUUGUCGCUUUACUGAAUCUACUUUGCGUCUCUUUCAUGCAACAGUCAGAACUGAUUGAGCUGUUCUUUCCGUCGCUUCAGGAACCAAGUCAAAACAGGUUUGUGAUUUUCUCACUGCUCAUCCCGUUCAUUCACCGCGAAGGACCAAUCGGCCAGCAAGCUAGAGAUGCUCUUCUCUUGUGUAUGUCUCUCUCCAAGCACAACGACAGCGUUGAAAGUUUCAUCACCAACGAAUCUAAUGUGUGUCCUGUAUUGGCCACAGGUUUAAGCGGACUGUACUCACGUCUACCACGUAAACUUUCAAUCGAAGCAGAAGAUUGGCAUCGAUUCACGCCGGACGAUGUGGCUGAAAUCAAAGAACUGACAACAUUCAUCAACUCUCUUGAAUUUUGCAAUGUUGUAGUACAAAUAUCGCACCCAAAAGUUCAAAAUGCUCUUCUAGAAUUCCUAUACCAAGGUUUUCUAGUUCCCGUUCUUGGGCCUGCCCUGCUCCAAGACUGUGUUGGUUUGCCGGGAUAUAAUUCACAACUACAUGCGAAUAUUGAAGAAGAUCUGAUUGUUGCAACUGCCUAUUUUGAUCUGAUGCUCCGCAGCGUGACUCAUCCUGGCCUCCUCCAUUCUCUUGUUCGAUUCACGCUCCAAGAAACAUACGAAGGCCAUCGCGUAAUAGAUGCACUUGUUACCAGAAUUAAUGCUGAAUCUCGGCUGUGUCUCGUGACUCUGGCCACCCUGGAAUCUCUUGUUGACCUCAACUGUGAAGACAUUAUGUUAGAUCUUGUUUUACGUCACCUUGUACCUUGCACUCACGUCAUGCUUUCUCAGCGAUCGAGAGUUCAGCACAUCGAUCCAUACUGCCGUUCAGCCCAGAAGUUUCUCUCACUCUCUCCUGCCAUUACUCGAUACUCAAGAGCAGAAGGAAGUCUGUAUGGAGACUAUCGUUCAUACUUAAGCCAUGCUAGAGAUAGGAUAACCUCUUGUACAAAUGCCACCCAAUCCUGGACGUAUCCAUACGACGGAGAAAGUCCACCGCAGAUUGCUGUUGUGCCAAAAUCUGAAGAACUGAAAUCAACCUUGGAGACUGAUGCAGACCAUAUAAGUUUACCUUCAGCUGAUGACGGCAGUAGUGGAUAUGAGAGCUUUAAAACUUUCAAAGAUAAUAACAGACUAGGAGAGCCUGAGGAUACGGGAGGCGGAGGAGGUGAUGAUGCGGAAAGUCUUCCCUCUCCAUGCGGAAGUGAUUCUGUGAUGGAAACGUGUCAUACUAGUAAUAAUGUCAAACAAAGCAAUAGCACAAAUAGUAAAACAUACUUGAAUAAUAUUUUAAGUACAACUCCUAGCAUAGGUUUGUUCUUGGAUAUCCUGUUUGCCAAAUUAGAGUCGAUGCUUUCUCAUGACCUGUAUGUAAAUUUGCACCUGACUGGCCUUGUAUCAAGACUUGCUGUAUACCCUCAGCCCCUCAUUCACUCCUUCCUUCUAGACCACUCAUUAGUUUUUCAACCCAGUAUACGUUCGCUCUUUCAGGUCAUCGGGACGCUUAAACAAAGAAUAGAGACAAAGUUGAGUCAUGAAAGCAACCUUGAAAGUCUCACCCAGGAAGCUCAGCUGUUUCUGCUGCACGAAGAAGACCGAAUAGUCAACGCCAGAAGAAACGCUCUCAAUGAAUCUCCAGCUAGUCUCCCACCAACAAAAUACUCCAAUGAUUCAUUUGAUAGAGGUGAUAACAAAAGGAGGAGUUUAUCCACAGCGUUCAAUGCAAUGUUCCGACGAUACUCAAAUUCGUACAAAGAUUCUCUCAAAGAAUCAGAACUGGAACCCAGUGAAGCUGGAUACUGGUUCUUUAAAAGGAAAAAUUGUGAAGUGAAGCGAGUGGUCAUGUGUGGAGUUCUCUUGGAUGAGUGGCUUAAAGAAUUAGCAGCAAUCACGCAAGAACAUGCUAUCGCCAAAAGUUGACCUGUAGUCCGUCAAUUUUCAUUUCACGUUGCAAUACUCUGUUUUGUUGUUUUAACAUUGCUUUUCAAAAGCAAAAGAUUUUAUCUACGUUUUUUAGCUUGUUGUACCUUUCUUCCAUCCAAUCAGCGUAAAUUCAUCGUGCUCAUGCUUUUUUAAACCAUGUUUUAAUCAUACAUUUAUUUUUUAACAUGAAAUAUUUAUUCAUUUAUUCUGUUUUGAGAGUGAAAAAGUUUUAAAAAUAAUUUUAUAGGAAGGCACUUAACUACUUUCGUUUUGUUACUACACUGUGCAUUAUGUUUUUAAAAAGACAAAAAAAAAUUUAUUUGUUGUUAUUUUUUACUUUCAUUUUAAUAAAUCAAUCGCAAAUAAACAGU